GGAGUGUCAAGGUGACUGUGAGAUGACAGACACGUAGGGGAGCCCCACAGAGGACCCCCAAGACACCCUCUCUGUUGCCAUCAGCCUGAGUCAUCCUCUAUCUGAAAAACUUCCAGGACUGAAGUUUGAGUUGGAAGCACGCGUUCUCCUUGGUGAAGUCCGUCCUGUCCCAGGAGGGCUUCGCUGGGUUUCUCCUCGGGCUCCCCCUCCUCGGGUCCUCGUGGCUCUCUGUCGUGUGAAGCGGGGGGUCAGGAGCGCACAAAUGUUUAUACUCCACGUGAGUCACUUGCACAGAUGACGGGUGAUGUUUUCCUCGCCAAGGCUGAUGGCACCGGGCCCCUUUGCCGUUCCAGCCUCAGUCACGCCUCCAGUCUGUUAGCAUUUAGAGUUGCUGAACUUUCGUAUUGGUCAGGGGCGCGGGCAGCUUGCUGACCUUUUCUGGGAGUCGUGGCGGACGGAGUGGAGCCGUCUGUCUCGUCACAGACAGGCGGGGCUGCGGCUGGGGAUGGCCGCCGCCCACUCACCCUCAGAAUGGCCCUCAGCGGGGCUUCCUGACCCCUCAGCCCCGGUAGGAAGCUGGUGUGCACUGCAGGGAGAGGCGGCAGCUGGAAAAGUGUUAAGGCCACAGUGGUUUUUCCAGAGGCUCGUCUGGAAUGCCGUGGAUGGAUCUGAGGCUCCUGACAUCCGAGGCCCCUCUUGGUGGGGAGAGCCAGAAACCCAAGACACUGCCGUCAGUUAAAGACUCGAAGUUCACAUUUUAAAAAGUGCAAGGAGAUGCCCGGUUUUAGCACGGCCGACAAGAACGGGGCCCUCAAGUGCACCUUCUCGGCACCCAGCCACAGCACCAGCCUCCUGCAGGGCCUGGCCACCCUCCGCGCUCAGGGCCAGCUCCUCGAUGUUGUGCUGACUAUUAACAGAGAGGCCUUUCCUGCACACAAGGUCGUCCUGGCUGCCUGCAGCGACUACUUCAGGGCUAUGUUCACCGGCGGCAUGCGGGAGGCAAGCCAGGACGUCAUUGAGCUGAAGGGCGUGUCGGCCCGUGGCCUGCGGCACAUCAUCGACUUCGCCUACAGCGCCGAGGUGACACUGGAUCUGGACUGCGUGCAGGACGUGCUGGGCGCGGCCGUGUUCUUGCAGAUGCUGCCCGUGGUGGAGCUGUGCGAGGAGUUCCUGAAGGCGGCCAUGAGCGUGGAGACCUGCCUCAACAUCGGCCAGAUGGCCACCACCUUCAGCCUGGCCUCGCUGCGAGAGUCGGUGGAUGCCUUCACCUUCCGGCACUUCCUGCAGAUCGCCGAGGAGGAGGAUUUCCUGCGCCUGCCACUGGAGCGCCUGGUCUUCUUCCUGCAGAGCAACCGGCUGCAGAGCUGCGCCGAGAUCGACCUGUUCCGCGCGGCCGUCCGCUGGCUGCAGCAUGACCCGGCCCGGCGGCCGCGCGCCAGCCAUGUGCUCUGCCACAUUCGCUUCCCGCUCAUGCAGUCGUCCGAGCUGGUGGACAGCGUGCAGACGCUGGACAUCAUGGUGGAGGACGUGCUGUGCCGCCAGUAUCUGCUGGAGGCCUUCAACUACCAGGUGCUGCCCUUCCGGCAGCACGAGAUGCAGUCUCCGCGCACCGCUGUGCGCUCGGAUGUGCCCUCGCUCGUCACCUUCGGCGGCACGCCCUACACCGACAGCGACCGCUCGGUCAGCAGCAAGGUCUACCAGCUGCCUGAGCCGGGCGCCCGCCACUUCCGCGAGCUCACGGAGAUGGAGGUAGGCUGCAGCCACACGUGCGUGGCCGUGCUGGACAAUUUUGUAUACGUGGCCGGGGGGCAGCACCUGCAGUACCGCAGCGGCGAGGGUGCAGUGGAUGCCUGCUACCGCUACGACCCCCACCUGAAUCGCUGGCUGCGCCUGCAGGCCAUGCAGGAAAGCCGCAUCCAGUUCCAGCUGAACGUGCUGUGCGGCAUGGUGUACGCCACGGGCGGCCGCAACCGAGCCGGCAGCCUGGCCUCCGUGGAGCGGUACUGCCCCCGGCGCAAUGAGUGGGGCUACGCCUGCUCGCUGAAGCGCCGUACCUGGGGCCACGCUGGGGCCGCCUCAGGGGGCCGCCUCUACAUCUCGGGUGGCUACGGGAUCUCAGUGGAGGACAAGAAGGCCCUGCACUGCUACGACCCCGUGGCCGACCAGUGGGAGUUCAAGGCGCCCAUGAGCGAACCCCGCGUGCUACACGCCAUGGUGGGUGCCGGCGGCCGCAUCUAUGCCCUCGGGGGCCGUAUGGACCACGUGGACCGCUGCUUCGACGUGCUGGCUGUGGAGUACUAUGUGCCAGAGACGGACCAGUGGACCAGCGUGAGCCCCAUGCGGGCCGGCCAGUCAGAGGCCGGCUGCUGCCUGCUGGAGAGGAAGAUCUACAUUGUCGGGGGCUACAACUGGCGUCUCAACAACGUCACGGGCAUCGUACAGGUGUACAACACGGACACCGACGAGUGGGAGCGGGACCUGCACUUCCCGGAGUCCUUCGCGGGCAUAGCCUGCGCCCCCGUCCUGCUGCCCCGGGCCGGGACCAGGAGGUAGCCCCCAAGACCCCCAGGACGCUGGCCUGACCGCAUGUUGUCUCCAAGUGGGGCUUGGCGAAUGCACGUCUGCCUGAGAACCCCAGUGCCCCCCUUCGCCCGGGCUGCCCUUGAGGGGCCUGCCGCGUUGAUAAGCCCGCCUCCCAGGGGUCCCUCCCUCCCUCCUUCCCAAAGCAGAUCCUGGCUGCCAGUCCAUCCGAGGGAGCCUGCCGGCAAAGCGUCUGACAUGUGGUGGCAGCAUAUUUGUCCCUGGGGUGGUUUCCUCGCCUGGCCCCCGAGUCCCCACGGGCUGGCGGGUGGAAUCCCAGGUCUCCAGGGGGUCCCUGUGCAGCUCCAUCUCACUUCUCUACCGCCUCCCAGCCCCACAGUUUCAGGCAUUCAGAUGUGAGCUCAUCAACAUUGAACCCAAAGUCGGUGGUAUAUGACUCACCCUCCUUCCAAGUCUCCUGCGCGCGUGUUUUUAAAAUAAACUCACCCGAAACGUCCAUAACACACGGACCUCCAGGAGCAGUGAGAGGUGGCUUAGAAGCCCCUGGUUUGGGGUGGGUGGAGGAGGAAGGCACGUGUCUGCCUCCCCUGGGGUGCCCUCCUUCCCCCAUCCCAAGCUGCUCAGGGGAGGCCCUGGUCAUGCCUCAGUUCCUGUCUUCAUCUGCUUUCUGGAGGAAAAACCAUAUCAACUCCUAGAAACGCUCCUUAGGGGCUUUGGACCUUCCAUUUGGCACUGAGCAUCUUGUGGGGCCUUAACUGGCUGAGACAUCCCGGCCCUCUACAUUUGCCCUGUUGGCCGGGCAGUCCCCUUCCCGCAAUUGGAGGGCGACGCUAACUUCAGAAUCCCACAGUGCCGCUUGCCGCAGGUCUGGUGGGGCGUCUUUUUUCUCCUCCCUCCUUUCCACCCCUCCGCGCCCUGCCACUCCCUGGCCUGCCCUGUUUUUGGGUCAACAUUGCUAAGGAGCCAGCAGUGAGGCCUUUCCCUUCAAGGGCUCUGUGGUAUCUCUGGCCACAUUUGUUUUAAUGUCUGAACCUCUAAACCUUUUCUUUUUGAUUGGUUUUACUGUUUUUAAGAAGCCAGCACUGCUGUCUAAUAGAUGGGAUUUGUACUCUUGGGGCAACUUAAAGUGUCUCUCUUGCUGCUAACAGACGAUUGAUGUCUUGUCUCUGUGACCCACUCACCAUGUAAAGAAUUAACCUCCUAUCUUAGCAGACAUCGUCUCCUAAUAUUUCCCUUUAUUUAAUAAAAAUGUUAUGGUGAAGAGAUGGAGCCGGCCCAGCACUGAGCUUGUGCGGCUUGGGUCUGAUUGGUCACAGAUUCCUCAUGUGUCCUCCGCGUGUCUGGGUGCUCCUCUCCCCCGCCUCAGCCUUUUCCAGCCUUUCAGAGGAGUUGGCAGGGGGCUGGGCUUUGGCUCAGGGGCGCAGAGGCAGCAGGAAGCGUGGCCAGGACUUUCACCCUGGCGUUUUUUGUUGUUGGUUUUUUUUGUUUUUUUGAGACGGAGCCUCGCUCUGUCACCCAGGCUGGAGUGCAGUGGCGUGAUCUUGGCUCACUGCAACCUCUGCCUCCUGGGUUCAAGCAAUUCACCUGCCUCAGCCUCCCAAGUAGCCAGGAUUACAGACGCACACCACCACACCCGGCUAAUUUUUGUAUUUUUAGUACAGACGAGGUUUUACCAUGUUGGCCAGGCUGGCCUUGAACUCUUGACCUCAGGUGAUCCACCUGCCUCUGCCUCCCAAAGUGCUGGGAUUACAGGUGUGAGCCACCAUGCCCGGCCCACCUUGGCACUUUGAAAGAGCCUUCAGCCCCCUACUUUCAUCAUGGCCGGCCAAACUAUGAACCGGGCUGCCCAGAGCAGGCCACUUAUCAGUUGCAGGUUAGCGGAGAAAGCCUGAUGUUCCCGGACGGCCUUCCUAGAAGGGAGGCCCUGGGAUAUCACACACACAUGGAUCUGCAUAAGUUGCUGUGCCUGCAUGCCUGGCGCUCCUGUGUGGCAGCCAUCGGGGCUGGGGUAACACUAGAGGCUGAGGGGGUGGGCAGUGCUAAAAUAGGAACAUGGUUGGGAACCUAAAAGAAGCCCACACUGUCAGGGGCAUCGAAACAAAAGCCGAGUUCCCUGGGGACUUAACAGAACAUUCCAGCCCCACCCCCAACCUGAGCUCCCCCAAAGAGAACCCUUCCCCACUGGAGGCAUGGCCCCUUCAGGGGGGCAGUGAGAAGCUUUGCCAGCUGCAAGUCCCCCGGAUCAGCUCACACCUCAGAACAUCUUGUCCCCAACGAGCUGGCAGGGGCGCCGGCCCAGGGCGGGGGGCGCUGCUGUAUCUAACCGGAUCGAUUGUGCAUAACUGUCUAGGACGGUUCGUGGAAUGUUCGUGGGGCCCCCUGCCCCUCCCUCAGCCUCCCCCCGCAUCCCCCCAAGAAAGGAAAAUUAUUUUUCGUAUUGUAAACUUUAAACAUGAAAAAGCUGUUUUUAAUUUAGCAGAAA